UUUAAAAUAAUAUUUAGUUACGUCAGAGAUGAAUAAUUUUGCUAUGACCUUCAGGUCACUGAGAAGCAAUAUUUAGAAAUUUGGCUCAUGCUGAGUUUCGGUCUUUUCGUUUCCCACUGUUCAGAAAAUUCUGAGGUCAGAGAUCUGAAUGCAGUCGAACUUCAAGAUGUUUUAAGCACUAAUAUUUCUUCAACAUUUUAUCACACUAUCGAAACAAGCUAUUGGAAAGCUGCACGACUUUCCAGGGGAUGGAUUUCAAUAUUUAGUUCAUUUUUUGCAUUUAAUGAUCCAUUUGCAAAAAAUGCACAUCAAUUUCUAAUUCAAUCUAAUACAGGAUGCAACAUCCUUUUCUGCUCCGGCCAAAUACGCUCAUCAAGCGAUAUAACUCUUGCAAAACACUUUGACUCUGAGAAUAUCAGUAUUGGUCAGGUUCUACUAGAUGCAUUUUCUAAGGAAAAGAACGUAAAUGCUGUUGUUAAUUUAAUCAAUUCUUUGAUUGGUUCUUUUGUACUUAUAUUUGUUAGCGUCGAAUCACACAUGGUUUAUUUCACUCGAGAUCCAUUCGGUCGUCAUUCUCUUGUUGCCAGAAAGUUUUCAGGACUACCUAGUGAAUUAUUUUGUAUCGAUUCAGUUUCAAGUAUUGUUAUUCCAAGCCAGUCUUCUUUUCCGGAAAUUAGUUUGGAUUCCCUUGAAAAAGAUGCAAAGGAUUGGUUUGAAAUACCUGCUUGUGGAAUAUUUGUAUCGAAAAUCGUCUGUGACAAUGGGAAUGUUUUUCUCUCAGAUAUUAAUCUAUAUCCUUGGUCUGAACAACAUUUACUUCUGUGCCCUUCAAAUAUCCCAUUUAAAGUUAAUAGAGUUUUGAAUGUAAAUCAAACUCAUUGUAAUAGCCUUUCUACAAAUAUGUGUAUACCCACAACUUUAAAAGAAGUACAACAAAAGUUUUUGGAUUUAUUAUCUACUGUUAUACACGAUUCAGUUAACUUUGACUUGCUAUAUGAUACAAAUUACUCUUUCAAUGUAUCUGAUGUAUUGGACGAUAAUCGGUCAGGUUCUUUAUUCGGUUUACUGUUUAGUGGCGGUCUAGACUCAUCUGUUAUCGCAGCAUUACUUGACAGAUUUGUUCCUGAUGACCAGUCCAUCGAUCUGAUUAAUGUCGCUUUCCAAAGGAGAUGUACUGGUGUUUCUGUUAACAAUAGUGAUUGCUUGGACAAAGACUGUCUAAUUUCCGCCGAGGAGGCUCCUGACAGACAAACUGCCCUGAAAAGUUAUGAAGAGUUGUGCAAAUUAUCUGCCCGACGUAAAUGGAAUUUGAUAAAAAUUAAUGUAAAUGUCAGUGAGAUUUCAGAGGCCAGAGUUAAACAUGUAUGGCCAUUACUGCUUCCAGAACAUACAACUGUUUUAGAUGAUAGUCUAGGUUUAGCUCUUUGGUUUGCAGCCCGUGGAAAAGGUGUUUUACACAGUUCAAGUGAAUUCGAAGAGAAAUGCACUUCGUCAGCAAAGUUUCUGUUCCUCGGUUCUGGUAUAGAUGAACAAUUAGCUGGUUAUGCUCGUCAUCUAACAACAUAUAAGAAAUUCGGCCCAGAGGCACUACAAAACGAACUUUUAAAGGAAAUACUUUUUAUAUCUAAUCGUAACCUAGGAAGAGAUGAUCGGUUCACAAAUUAUUGAUAACAAUGAGUAUGUGAUGUCGUGCAAAAACUGUGGUCAGAUGGUUAAAUUGUACCUUGAUGUUCAAACAAGAAUUUCGAUCGAUAGUUCAUGACGCAAAGGUUUCAGAUUUUCUGCAGGUGCUUACUACGAUGUGACAUUUAUUUGUCUACAGUUAUAUCUUGUGUUGUAAUUAAUUGAUAUUAUCAGUUUAGAUAGAGAAUAAUUUCCGCUCAUGGACGAAUGCCGCGUUUACCUUAUCUUGACGAAAGAAUUGUGAAUUUUUUAGCUAAAAUUCCUUUGGAAUUUAAAAUAAAUCCAGAUCUGCCUAAAGGUCAAGGAGAGAAAUUUUUGUUACGUCAAGUUGCUUCAAUGUUGAAUUUGAAUUAUGCAUCUAAACAACCGAAACGUGCAAUGCAAUUCGGCAGUCGUGUGGCUAAAGCUGAAGGAUCUAAACGUUUGAUUGGAUCAGCUGACCAAAUAAAGUUCGCAUAUCAGUCUGAAUCACAAAAGUAGUUAUUACCAUCUAAUAAACUUUGUAUUAUGCAAUAGUACAACUAUCCUUGUUUUAUUACCCUGGUACAUAAAUACAUUACUUUUUAUAAAUAAAAAUACAACAAUUGAUAAAGUUCGAUUAUUUUCGUAUUUCUGGAAAUAAAAUCAGCGAUUAUCUAUUGAUAAUUUGUUUAUUUAAACACAUAAACAUUGGUACAAGGAAACAUCGAAUAUAUAUGCACCACACUUCGUCAUUCGAUCUGUAUGAAGGCUGGAAUACUGCGCGGGUGCCCAAACCGAAACAGGUGGUUUUCUUAGGGAGCCACAUCCUGAACCUUUGACCUACAAGGCUAACCCACAAGUCAGUGGAGAAACAUCAGGAAAUACAGUCCCAUGAUAGCCAGUGAUCAACAAUAGGUUCAUACGCCAUCCUGAAGCCGAUGUACACCAUUGGUUUAGAAUCAGAGUUUUGCAACUGCUAUGUUCACCAACCCGGUUAGAGUUCCGGACAUUCGUUUUUCGUCCUCUCAAUUUCGUAAA